AUGUUUACGAAAAAAAUUUUUAAGUCUGUGAAACUUUUGAUAAAUUCGGUGAGACGGUACAAUGUGACGGUAGUGGGGGGUGCGAGCGAGCUCGGCCAAGUGGUGAGUCUGUUGCUGCGCGGCGAGCCGGCUGUUACCAAACUGACGCUGCACGACACUGUGCCGCGCACCAGCGGCGUCCUCAUGGACCUCUCACACAUCCCCUCCCCCUCCCUCCUCGCCUGCUACAAGCAAGAGGACAACCUCAUGAAAGCCCUCCUCGACGCAGACAUAGUCCUCGUCACCGGAGGCCACCUACUCUCCCCAGACGUCCCAAAAGACGAUCUCGUCGCCACCAACACCAACUUCAUCAAACAAAUAGCACCCAAAAUAUCCAGCAUCCGACCCAUGCCUCUCAUAGGCAUCGUCACAGAACCCAUACACAUACUCGUUCCUAUGGCCGCCGAAAUAAUGAAAUGCUACGGUCACCUCGACUCAAAGAAACUAUUCGGCGUUACCGGAAUCGACUCGCUCAGAGCGCAAGCUAUAUACGCCGGGAUGCUCAACCUCCAUCCGCAAAAAUGUUCGGUACCAGUUAUUUGUGGGCAUACUGAAAAUACUAUUGUUCCGUUGCUGUCUCAAGCGGAGCCUUCUAGAAAGUUGGACUUCAGACGUAUGCAAGACUUUCUUAGGAAGGUGCGCCAAUCAGAUGAACUAAUUUUAACAGCAAAAUGUGGAUUUGCACCCAGCUUAUCGAUUGCUUACAGUGUUUUAAUAUUCACAAGAGCACUCAUGGCAGCUUUAGAUGGUAAGGAAAAUACAAAGGUCGAUGCCUUCAUCGAAAACAAUGAUUUUGGGACUAGUUACUUCGGGGGUCGCGUGCGCUUGAACCAUGAAGGAGUGGCUGAAAUGGAGAGGUAUCCAACUAUGUCCGAAGGCGAAUGUGAAUUGUUACAAGCAAGCGUUAGUAAACUAAGAGCAGACGUAUUAACCGGCAAAAAAAUGUUGGAAAUGGAAUAA